AUGGGUUCCGUCGCGGAGGACUCCGCCGCAACAGCGGCGGCGUCGGUAGUGUUCCGCUCGAAGCUACCGGACAUCGAGAUCCCGCGCCACCUCUCGCUGCAGGCCUACUGCUUCGAGCGGCUCCCCGAGGUGUGCUCCCGCCCGUGCCUCAUCAACGGGCAGACGGGCGCCGUCCACACCUACGCCGACGUGGAGCGCCUCUCGCGGACCGCCGUGGUGGCGCUGCGCGGGCUCGGGGUCGGGAAGGGCGACAUGGUGAUGAACCUGCUCCGCAACUGCCCCGAGUUUGCCUUCGUCUUCCUGGGCGCCGCGCGGCUGGGCGCCGCCACCACCACGGCCAACCCGUUCUACACCCCGCACGAGAUCCACCGCCAGGUGGCCACGGCGGGGGCCAAGGUGAUCGUCACCGAGGCCUGCGCCAUGGAGAAGGUGCGCGGGUUCGCCGCCGAGCGCGGCGUGCCCGUGGUCGCCGUCGAUGGCGCCUUCGAGGGCUGCCUCGAGCUCGGGGCCCUGAUGGACGCCGCGGAGCCGCUCGACGCCGACAAGGAGCUGGGGCUUCCUCAGUCGAUUGAGGAAGCGGCUCGCACGGACCCCAUGAAGUAG